AAUAAACUACGCAGUCAUCCAGCUCAUGCUGCGGUACCUCACAACUAUCUCGUCAUUAAUUAGCAUCCCACCAUCGACUUUGCAUCCCUUUGAAUUUUGGGAGCUUCCCCAAUAGUAUCUUGGAUCAUCAUGCUGAUGAUGCCAACUCAACUCAUCACAUUUUGCCUUGCUGACGAACAACCCCAUAUAAAUCUUCAGAUCAUCAUCAUGUCCUACUCGAGGUUGAAGAGACAACAAAGUUUCCUGCCUCCAUGCCGGAAAUGGAGCUUCCUACUACCACCAGAGAAACACAGGACACCAUCACCGAGCAUACACAAGGAAUCACCCAAAGCGAGAAGAACAAGAUCCAAAAUGAUACCAAUCAUCAUCAGCAGCAGCAAGAUGCCAAGGGCAAAAAUGAGCCCAGGCCUCCCACGAGCGAUCGCCUCAUGAAGGAGCUCCGCAAGUACAUCCUGCUGCUGGCCACGCUGGUGGCCACGGUGACGUACGCCGCCGCGUUCAGCCCGCCAGGGGACGUCUGGCAGGAGACGGCCGACGGCCACCUCGCCGGCGAGCCCAUCAUCCGGGACACGCACCGCCACCGGUACCUGGUGUUCUUCUACUCCAACGCCACCGCCUUCGCCGCGUCGCUCGUGGUCAUCGUCAUCAUCCUCAUCCUCGCCUCCCUCGAUGAUGAUGUGAAGGACAAGCGCUCCGCCUCCCCAAUCGUCCGCAAGAAAAAGGACGACCACCGCUGGCGCUGGGCCGCCGUUUGGCCGCUGCAGUGGGCCAUGGCGCUGGACCUGCUCAGCCUCAUGGGAGCCUACGCCGCCGGCACCUGCCGGGACACCUUCACCACCAUCUACUCCUCGCUGCUGGUGGCCGCGGUCAUCGUCUACCUCCUGUAUCAGGUGGCGGUGGCCUGUUUUACCGACUACGGCUCCGGGAGCGUUUCUGGACACGAGCAGCCUGGCUGGCACCAAGUCCGACUCAGGCUCCCCGAGGUGAUUGCUAAUUCGCUGCCUGGCAACAACUCCGGGAGUGCCUACCCCAAUAAUGUAGAAGAAGAAAAACGAAAAGUAAAGGAAGAAGAAGAAGAAAAACGCAAAGAAAAGGAAGACGAAGGGUUCCGCAAGCGCAAGGUCCUGAUGCUUCUCGCGACGUUCGCGGUGAGCGUCACGUACGCGGGCGGGCUGAGCACGCCGGGGGGCUUCUGGGGCGGCACCGAGGACGGCCACCGCCCCGGCGACGCCAUUCUCAAGGACCUUCACAGCACGCGCCUGGCGGCGUUCUUCGCCUUCAACACCAUGUCAUUCGCCGCGUCGCUGCUCAUCAUUGUGGCGCUCCUCAACAGGAAGCUCCGGAAGACACAUGCCUACGUGUUCAUCGUGGUCGCGCUGGUCAGCCUCAUCGGCGCCUACACCGCCGGCAGCUGCAGGCAGACCGACACCACCGUCUACGUCGUCAGCUUGGUUGGUGCCGUGCUGGUAUACAUCUCGUUCCUCCUAUUGCUUGUUUGGGCUGCUUUCAAGAUAAGCAGGACCAAGACUGGUAUUUGGUGUAAAGAAUUGGUUGUUUGGGCCAUAGACGCCAUGUUGAAGCCAAAGCCAGCGGCACAACGUGGUGGGGACAACACGAAUGGCAGGGAGGAUCAAGCUAAUCAUCAGGAAGGAGAAAAGAAGCUAACAGAGAAGGAGAAUGCAGUGGAACAAGCUCGAUCUCUUGUCCUGCUUCUUGCCACUCUUGCGGCGACAAUUACCUAUCAAGCAGGGCUGAACCCGCCAGGAGGUUUUUGGCCGGACAACAUGGACGGCAACAAGGCCGGUGACCCAAUCCUUAUGACGACGAAUCCCCGGCGGUACAGGGCUUUCUACUACUGCAACUCAGUCUCCUUCGUGGCGUCCUUAGUCGCCACCAUCUUGGCCGAAAAGAAGCUCUUGCUAAAGCACCAUGUCCUCGAGGCAGUCAUGAUACUGGACCUGUUCGGCCUCAUCGGCGCCUAUGCCGCUGGAAGCUGCCGGGAUGUGAGCAACUCCAUUUACGCCAUGGCCUUGGCAGGUGCCGUCCUUGUCUAUGUGGUGAUCCAUGUCAUCUUCAUCACGCUGGACGAGAACACUGGCAGACGCAAGGAAGUGGAUGAUGAGUUGGUGGAGAAGGCGCGCAAGCGGUUGCUCCUCUUCGCCAUCUUGGCGGCGACCAUCACCUACCAGGCUGGCCUCACUCCUCCAGGUGGUUUCCUGCUCCAAGAUGACAAGUCAACCGGGCACCACGCUGGCGACCCGAUCCUCUUGUACAACUUUCCGCGCCGCUACAAGACCUUCUUCUACUGCAACUCGGUGAGCUUCAUGUUGUCCAUCGCCCUCAUCAUCCUCCUCGUCAACCCCAACCUGUACAGGCCGGCCAUUCGAAGCCACGCGCUCUCCGUUUGCACGGCGAUAGGAUUGUUUGGCCUUUUGGGCGCCUACGCCGCGGGAUGCACACAGCACUUGAAGACAUCCAUUUACACAUUCGUGUUGGUGGCAGUGGUCAUCUUCUUCAUAGGACUAUUGUUCCUGGUGUUUUUGUUCGCGGGCAGCAGUAGCAGCACAACACAAGAAGCACCAACGGAGAAGAGCACCCAAGACCAAGACAAGGAGGCCACCACCAAGAAAAAUAAGAGAAUACAUGCCAAGCGCAAGUACUUCAUGUUGCUCGGAAUCCUUGUGGCAAGCGUCACCUACCAGGCCGGCCUAGCUCCGCCAGGCAGAACUUGGCAGAGCGGCGGCGACGGGCACGAGGCCGGCAACCCGGUCAUGCAUGACAACAGGAGGCCCCGGUACCUCGCCUUCUUCUACAGCAACUCCACUUCGUUCAUGGCAUCCAUUGUGGUCAUCCUGCUCCUACUGGUACCGAAGAAGAUAGUUGAAGACAAAGAAGACCCGAGGCGGCUCAGGAGCUGGCUUGUGAUGAUGUACACAACAAUUGUGCUGGAUUUGCUUGGGCUCCUAGGUGCCUACGCAGCCGGCUCAAACAGAGGGUGGAAGACAUCUGUGUAUGUCUUCGUUCUUGUCGUAGCCGUGCUGGCCUACAUGGCAAUUCAUCUCUUUUUGUCUUGGAUCGGCAAGAGAAGCAACCAGCAGAACACCCAGGGAGGUAAUCGGAAUGAAACAGCAAUACAGCAUGUGUGAUUUAUCUGUAUCCUCUGCUGCUCUGUUCUUGUCAUUGUAAUCUAGUUCAGUGUUUGAUUUGUAUGUCUCUCUAUUUCUUACUAUAUAAUUGUACAUGCACACUAUAUUUGAGCGUGACAUCAAUACAAUAAGUCUAGUUUUCCGAGGAU